AUGCCUUCCAGAGAAGAAAUCACAUACUUUGGCGCCGGCCCGGCCCUGCUCCCCCAGGACGUCCUCGAGACGGCCUCGCAGGCGCUGCUCAACUUCCAGGACACGGGCCUGGGCAUCGCCGAGCACUCGCACCGCUCCGCGCUCGCCACCAAGAUUAUCGACGAGGCCAAGGCCGACCUGGCCACGUACCUCGACAUCCCCGAGGACUACGAGAUUCUCUUCAUGCAGGGCGGUGGCUCUGGCGAGUUCUCAGCUGUCGUCUACAACCUCGUCGGCGCCUGGGUCGCCCGCAAGCGCCGCGCGCUCUUUGCCAAGCUCAAAAAGUCCGAGACGGACGAGGCCAACGACCCGGCCCUGAUGCAGGAGCUGCGAUCCGCCAUCGACCACGAGCUCAAGCUCGACUACAUCAUCACUGGUGGCUGGUCGCAAAAGGCCGCCGCCGAGGCUGCCCGCCUGCUCGGCCCGCACCACGUCAAUGUUGUUGCCGACGGCCGCGGCGAGGACGGCAAGUUUGGCAGCAUCCCGGAGGAGUCGACCUGGAAGCUCUCCAAGGAUGCGGCGCUGGUGUAUCAUUGCUCAAACGAGACAGUGGACGGCGUCGAGUUCCAAGAAUUCCCCCAGUCGCUUGCUCCUGGCCCUGACGGCGAGGGCCCCAUUGUCGUCGCCGACAUGUCGUCCAACAUCCUCUCCCGCCGCAUUCCUGUGCGCAACUACUCGCUCAUCUUCUUUGGUGCGCAGAAGAACCUUGGCUCGACAGGCAUCACUGUCGUCGUCAUCAAGAAGAGCUUGCUUGCGCCCAAGCUACCUCAGCCGUCGGCGACUCUAAUGCGCAACAUGGGUCUCCCCAUUCCUCCCAUUAUUUUCUCUUAUGAGACCAUUGCCAAGAAUAACAGCUUGUAUAACACGUUGAGCAUUUUUGAUGUCUACAUCGCCGGCCAAGUCUUGAAGAAACUUCUCAGCACCUACCCCAACCGCGUUGAGGGCCAGGAGCAGGUUUCUGCCAAAAAGGCUGAGCUCGUCUACGGCGCUCUCGAUGCCCACCCUGAUGUCUACAAGGUUGUUCCCCACAAGAAUGUGCGCUCACGCAUGAAUGUUUGCUUCCGCGCCAACAAGGGUGGCGAUGUCGACGAGACGGAGAAGCAGUUCCUCAAAGACGCGACCGCACUUGGCCUCACUGGUCUCAAGGGGCAUCGCUCGGUCGGUGGCGUGCGGGCCUCAUUGUACAACUCGAUCCCUCUGGGGGGAGCAGAGAAGCUGGCCAAGUUUAUUGACGACUUUGCCAAGGCAUGA